AUGGAAAAAAUAAACAAGGAUUUAAGAUCAUUCUGGUGGGGAGAUAGUGAAGAAAAGAAAACAAUUCACACAGUGGCAUGGUCGAAAUUAUGCAAACUCAAAAGGAUGGGAGGCUUGGGUUUUCGAAUGACAGAGGCCACUAAUGAUGCAUUCAUGACAAAGAGAUGCUGGGAACUGAUUACUGGUACGAAAGGUCUAUGGCACAAGCAGAUGAAGGCUAAAUACAUCAAAGGAGAGCAUUUCCUCAACUGUAACGCCAAAAACUCAGAUUCCCAUUUAUGGAAGACGAUUCUGAAAGAAAGAGAGACUUUAGCCAAAGGCCUUUGCAAGCGCAUUGGGAAUGGAACAAUGACGUUUUCGAAAAUGGACAUGGUAAAAAGAAAUGACAAAGUUCGUUCUGCCAGAUAA